GUGUCUUUCAUCGUUCUUCUAAUCUAAACUCAUAAAUCACAAUGUAAACCUUCUUUUUUUUUUUUUUUUUUUUUUGUGAGCUAAAAAAAUUAAAAUUUACAAUGCAUGUAAUCUCGCGUGUCCUUUAUUGUCAUUGCAAAAGACUGAAAAGCAUACAAACAAGACGUACCACCUUCACUGCAUGUUACUAUAAUUGCAAACUUUCACAUUCUAUAGCCUACUACUUAAGCAACUAAUAAAACACACUACCCCAUAUUCAACCGGCACAGAAGAAGCAGCCUCACCUUCUAAUUAUCACACAUCCUUAAGAACAUCAAACACCAACAACAAAACUUCACAACCUUAACAAAUCACCAAAAAAACCAUGACCAACAACAACAAUAUCUCCCUUCUCACCGCCAUAUUAUUCUUUUCCAUCCUUAUUCCACUAUUCCUGUCUUCUCCUCCUUCUUCUUCUACUGUUUCGACCAAAACGCUCGUUUUGCCCUUGAAAAUCCAGAAGCCACCAAUAGGGUUUCUCUCCACCUCAAAGGCAUCCAAUUCUUCCAACAACAAGCUCUCCUUCCGCCACAACGUGACUUUGACAGUCUCGUUGACCGUUGGCUCGCCCCCACAGAGCGUUACCAUGGUCCUCGACACAGGCAGCGAGCUCUCCUGGCUUCACUGCAAGAAAUCCCCAACCCUCAACUCCAUCUACACCCCUCUCUCCUCCUCUUCCUACACCUCAAUCCCCUGCUCCUCACCCGUUUGCCGUACCCGAACCCGAGACUUACCCAUACCCGCUUCAUGCGACUCCAGAAAACUCUGCCACGUCUCCGUUUCCUACGCCGACGCCUCCUCCCUCGUCGGCAACCUCGCCUACGAAACCUUCCGUAUCGGGUCGUUGACCCGACCCGGAACCAUAUUCGGGUGUAUGGACUCCGGGUUCAGCUCCAACUCCGACGAGGACGCGAAAACGACGGGCUUGAUCGGCAUGAAUCGGGGCUCGUUGUCGUUCGUCACUCAGAUGGGUUUCUCCAAGUUCUCGUACUGCAUAUCGGGACAAGACUCAUCCGGCGUUCUUCUCUUUGGAGACGAGAAGUUCUCGUGGUUGGGUCCACUUAACUACACGCCGUUCGUGAAAAUCUCGAGGCCAUUGCCGUACUUCGACCGGGUCGCGUACAGCGUCCAACUCGAAGGAAUUAAAGUCGCCGGAAAGCUUCUGCCGAUCCCGAGAUCCUCAUUUGUGCCAGAUCACACCGGGGCAGGACAGACCAUGGUCGACUCGGGCACCCAGUUUACAUUCCUUCUCGGGCCGGUUUAUUCGGCGUUGAAAACGGAGUUCGUUAGGCAGACGAGGGGAUUGGCGACUGUUUUUGAGGAUGCGAAUUUCGUUUUCCAAGGGGCGAUGGAUUUGUGCUACAGAGUACCGCCGAAUCGGAAGGGGUUUUCGGAUUUUCCGGCAGUGAGUUUGGUGUUUACGGGGGCGGAAAUGAGCGUGUCCGGCGAUAGACUGCUGUAUAGGGUGCAGGGGAUGACGGGGAAGGGGGGGGAUUGGGUUUAUUGUUUUACGUUUGGGAAUUCGGAUUUGCUGGGAAUAGAGGCGUUCGUGAUUGGUCAUCAUCACCAGCAGAAUGUGUGGAUGGAGUUUGAUCUGGCGAAAUCGAGAGUGGGAUUCGCUGAGGUUAGGUGUGAUUUGGUGAGUCAAAGGCUCGGAGCCUUGGGUCUCAACACGUAGAAGAUUUUUUUUUCUUUUUUUAUUCUUCGAAACAGAGGAAAAAGGAAAAGAAAGGAGAGAGUUUUGCAAUAUUUUCAAGGUAAAAUUAUGGUAGGACUUAAAAUUUUGUUCCAUUAAAAGUAAAUG